AUUGAUUGAUUGUCAAUCCCAGAGCAAACGCUGGGAUUGACAAUCCCAGCGUUUGCUUUACGAACCCGUGCAAACGAAGAAGCCAUGAACGACUCCACCAGUUCAGGGGCUCCAGAAGUCCCAGCAGACUUUAUGAUAUCAUUGAUGGAAGAUUUCUUUUCGUCCAUCUCAAUGGAGCAGACCGUGGAUUUGGCCGUAGGAGAACCCGAUGAUGACACCUUAUCUAAGCUAAAGGAGCUGGUGUUGGAUGUUGCCAAUCUAUGUACCGCCUUCAUCUACAAAGCACGCUUCACAUCUGGGGAUGUGGAAACCGUUGUGGGCAAGUCAGUACUGACAUCAUUUCUGGACUACCUUAACAUGCGUCCAACGACUCAACCCAAGAGCUUUGACAUCUUCAAUAAGCAAUUAGUCAAACUUGUCAAAGAAAAAGUGAGCUAUGUCCUCGGCCCCAUGGAUGAUCAAUUAGGUUUUUAUGUCUCUGAGAUGGACAGACUGGAUAUAAUGCUUCCACAUGCAGAGAUACUAAUAGAGGAACUGUUAGCUGAGAGGCGUAUACAACAUCAGCAGAGGAAGCAAAACGUUGUUGAAGACCAGCUAGAUGCCCUCAAUAGGCAGCAGACAGAAGAGCUUCAGCCCAUCGGUUUUGAUCGGGGUGAUUCCCAGACUGUGGAGGAAAAACCCACUCAGAGAUCUCGGGGGUCCCUCCGUAGGUACCACCAUUUGUGGUUUGAGAUGUUACCGGUGAUCCCAGAGGAACCAGAACUCGAGGAGGCAGAAGCAGAGAUCAACAAGGAGAGGGAUUUUAUUCCUGAGGACCAGGAAUCAGAUCUGAAGCUGGUGGACGAAUUCAUUUCUGAAGAGCUUUCAGCGAUGAACAAGGAAAGGGAGUUGGAGCUGAAGAUGGUGGACGAAUUCAUUUCUGAGGAGCUUUCAGCGAUGAACAAGGAAAAGGAGUUGGAGCUGAAGAUGGUGGACGAAUUCAUUUCUGAGGAGCUUUCAGCGAUGAACAAGGAAAAGGAGUCAGAGCUGAAGAUGGUGGACAGUUUCAUCUCUGAGGAGCUUUUUGAAAUGUGCAAGGAAAGGGAGUCGGGGUUGAAAAUAGUGGAAAAAUUCAUCCCUGAGGCGCUUUCAGAGAUUAACAAGGAGUCAGAGCUGAAGAUGGUGGACAGAUUCAUCUCUAAGGAGGUUUUAGGAGUGAGCAAGGAUAAGGAGUCAGAGCUGGAGAUGGUGAACACAUCCAUCACUAAGGAACCAUCAGAGGUCAAGGAGAUCAAAAAUAUCAUCCCUCAACAACGUUUACAGACCCAAGAUAUCUCAGAGGAUAUCAUUGAACCCUGUAAAAAUCAAGGGUUGGAUGACAGAGCUGUUCCAGUAAUCACAACAAAACAGCAGAACAAGGGAGUUGGAGGGAGGAUCAAAACGUUCCUCCAAAAAUACAUUCAGCGGCGAUACAAGAGAGUUGCACCACAGCAGUCGUUGGCUGUUAAAGAGGAACCCAGUGAGGAGGAGACGGAUGUCGCAGGGCUGAAACUAUCAGUGUCUGAGGAGCAGACACUUGACAUCUUGAGAGCGGUCUCUGGAAAGACUGGCUGGUCACAGGCCGACCGCUUUAUCUUGCUAGAUUUAAAGGACGUAGAGAAGGCAACACUUUCUCUUUGUAGCGAGAAAAUACUGAAGACAGCAGAGAAACCCAUCCUUAAAAGGGUUUUCUCUUAUGUCGGCAAAGCCCUCUCCAAGCCCUUUAAAAAGUCCUGA